AUGGCGGUCACUGUUCUCCCCGCCGACUCCUUGACUGAGUCCGUCAAACAGGCUGUUCGGUCAGCCACGACCUGCUCCGAUUCGACCGUACUAUCCCUCCAAUCCCUCCUCCGCGGGUCAUCGCAAGCGACCGACAAGCUCGGCAAGAAGCCACCAAAGUCAACCAAAGAUUCGAGCAGACCUACAAGUCGGUCGAGAACUAUCCGGGCCAAACCAACUACGGCAAAUGACUCGUUUCAAUCAAUUGUGGACCAAGAUGGGCUCGCUUUGUCGCCUCAAGAGAAGCUAGUUCUCGCGACGGAAAUAUUCAACACGACGCUCAAGACUUUGACCGAUGCGACGAAAGUGCAGCCAACAAAACCAGCCCCAAAACGGCAGACAGCCACCUCUGACAAGUUGAGCGCAAGAAAAACAUUCGAUAAAGGCAUUGCUGCCACAGCCGAGUGCGCCAGGUUGGCUCUAUCAGUUCUCAGAGCUCUCAAGACCGACCAAAGCGAUGGAUUCCCCAAUAUGCAGCUUGAGCAAGGGCUUUGCAUAUUGGCUGGGAAAUUGAUAUCAUUGGGGCUAUACGACGCGGCUGCCAAGGAACUGAAGUCUCUCAAGCGAAGGAUACAGCAAUAUUUGGAUCAGUCUAAGACUGGAAAGAAGUCCACAGAGAUCAAAGACACACCCGAAGAUGAAGUAUCCAAGGAUCGGUUGUCUGAUUUAAUCGCCUUCUCAAAUCUCAACAACGCGCAAGCCGUGCAUGGGUUAUUAGUUUCGUUCCAAGCCAAUGCUAUGCGACUUAUCGCAGCAGACCGCAAGGUUUCUACGAUUCAGAGAGUCUAUCAGUUGCUGCAGCUAUCAAAUCCCAGCAGCCCCGCUCAGAUAAUUACCAGCGCCCUGGAGUCCGGAAAUUUGGCCAAAGACAAAGCUGCAGUCCAACUACAGCUUCUCUCCAAUGCUGUCCUGUCAAUGGUCGCAUCCGAUGCUAAAGACUCAGUGAAACCGUGUAAUAUCCUGAAUCUGCAAUUACUCUCAUUGGAAAUAAGAUGUCUGGGGUGGAAGAUCUCUGGCCAUCAAUGUGAUGAAAGUAAAGAGCUAAUCGAUCCACUCCUUCGCUAUCUUGCAGGGUUUUCGCAUCGAAGCAAGGCAAUCGAGAAGUCGGAGUUUGCCAUGAUCUACACAACAAUCACCCGGAUACAAGCUUCUUCAAAUGAUAUUCCUAAGAAGCCUCAGGGACCCAAAGAUAAAAAUUCAGCUGCCAAGCUUAUGACUAUGGUUGGUCAGAUCGGUCUCGAUGCAGGCUGCUUGGACGAAUCUCUCAAAUUAUUUUCUCAAUCUAUCGCCCCUCUCUCGAGCUCCCAGAGCCUAUCAUUGGCUACGAUUCGCUGCAAGAUUGCGGCUGUGCACUUCCAAAGCCUCAAAGGAUCGCGCAAACCCUCACAGAAAGUGCUGGAAUCGCUUUCAGCGGCCACUGAUUCUCUUGGCCUACAACUACGAGGCAGUACACACGAUCUUGAUGAGCUCCUUGUGGAGGCAGCAAGGCUUAAGAAAGUUGCACUCGCCUGGUUUGGCGAUGCGAUUACGAAAGCAAUCGAAAGCGAGACGGAGAAGAAUGAGGCUGCGAGUCAAAUCCGAGAGUACUUACAAGCAUUCUUGCGAUUCCUUAGGCGCUAUGUUGGACGAGCACCAGAGGAUAGCGAUCAAAAGGAGACUGAGCUGUUUCAAGCCCGCCUUUCUUUGUCGAAAAAUAUCAUCUUCGCUGCCGUCGACUCGGCCGUGGCUGUUGGGAAGCUUUCCGUCACUUCUGAACGACCGCUUUGGAAUGACAUGCUCUCCAUUUUGGCCGAUUGUCAUCGGUUGCUUAUUAGCAUCGAUGACGGAGAGAUAGAGCCUGACAUAUCGAGCACUUCGAAUGGCCUUGUGAAGCUUUCUAACUUGUAUUGGUCUCGCUAUAUCAAGGAAAAGGAAGCUGGCCACGGCUAUCGUGAACUCAUUCCUCUUCUCAAGCAAUCGACACAAGUACUCUCCGGCUGCUCCCCUUCUCAUCGAGUCACGGCAUUUGCUGCUCUUAAGUUUGAGAGGAUGGCGCACCUUUACAUGGACGGCAACCUACAAAAUGAAUCAGAGAAAGCGUUUCGACAAUCAGUCAAAGAGUAUGUCGAUUCCGGCGUUUUGGAUCAAAUGUUAGAAGAUGGUGCUGGGUAUCAUUUCCGAUCAUCUAAUCAAGACCCCCAAAGCCCUGGUUUCAUGCUUGGCCGUGUUUUGUCAACAUUCUUGAAAGCCAAGCUGAGAAGAAAAAGGCCAGAAUCUCAUACGGUAUAUGAUGAUAUCGAGCUUGACACUGAGCUGCGUGGCUUUAUUCUGGAAUGGCAACUAAACCUUUUGGCUGAUAUGAAUUCAUUUUCCUCAAACGAAGGCAAUUUUCAGUCCAUGCUCAUUGCUACCAUAUCCAGCCUCCUGGAAAUAUACUCCCUCACUUCCUAUCCGAUCCGGCGUGGGCGGGCCAUCAUUACUGCGCUCCGGUUUUUACUAGAACAUCCGAUCUCGACCGACUCGGCUUUCAGCCGAAAGCUCCUUGAUGAAGGAAAGGUGUGCCUGGGUACUGAAAAUUGUGGAAAUGACACAGAUCUUGCUCCCUUCUCAACGCAUAUCAAAAAUUCACUACGUAUCAUUCUUGGGUUUCAUGAAGGUCAGAUUGAUCCUGGGGUGUUGGACGAUACUCUGGCUUCAUGGAGCUCAAUGAUCCGCAGAUGCUCCGACUACGAAUCAUUGGCCCUCUGUGUCCACGAUCCUGAUUACCUUAUCCUUCAGUUGAAAGCCUUGGUCGAUUAUACGGAAAUUCAUGGCCUUUGGAAACCCCAGCUGUCUGCGUUGGAACUCAUUCUCAAGGUGUCGGAGCUUCAGCAAACCGGGGAUCUUUCUGAUGCCAUUACCAUUCUUUCUCGUCUGGUGCUCCAGCACUGCCGCAUUGGGCAUUGCCAAAAAGCUGGAGAACUUCUCUCACGCGGCGAGCAAUAUGCUUCGCAGUACAGGCUCUCUUCGUUGGCAUCCAUCUCAUAUAAACUAGCUCAGGUGGAGUUCUUCCUCGAAACAGACGAAGUCGAGAAAGCGACGUCUGCACUUUCUGCAGCAAAGAAGCUUUAUGAGAAAGCUCAGCAAUCUGAUGAGUUAGCGAAUGUAUCAGUCCUAUUAAAGAUAAGUUGGGAGAGGCUCAUUGCUGAUGCUGCCUUUGUCCAAUCGCGAUUGGCCGCGGCUCAGGGCACCAUGAGCCAUGCGCUUUAUUUCGCCAAGUUGUCUGUCAAACUCAAUUGUCGCAUCUGGGCCAAGGUUGAAAAACUUGCUGAAAGGAAAUCUUUGGCUGCUGCAGGGCCAUCGGAUAUUGAUACGGUCGCUGACGGUGUCGCAAAACUUGACUCAUCUCAAGACAGCUCCUCCCCAGUGGCCCCAGCUAGCUACAUCCAAGGCGCUCCAUUUUGGCCUCAUCUUGGAUCAUACCACAGUUGCCUGCUGAAUCUUGCGAAUCUCUCUGCUCAUCAUGGCUUGUUCCAAGAUGCUAUCUAUUACGGAGAGCAGGCAUUGAAGAUUGACAAGACUCUCGACGCCAAUGUCCGUCUCGUAGCAGCCCAGACACAGCUCGGGGUUUACUGGAUCCUUGGGGGGCAUGUUGAUGAAGGUCAGAAACUCCUUACUCUAGCAGCAGAGUCAUCCAAGCAGCUCCAGACUAGCAUCGAAGCUGUUUCUCUUCAAAUGGCUAUUGCCUCGCUUCACCAGGCACAAGGGCAAUUUGACAAAGCUCUAAGUCUACUGAAAGAGGCAGAUAAGUCAAUCACCACAGUGGCCUCUACUGAUGCAUCUGAUGCGUCAGAUCUUCCAAGCAUUGCAGCUCUGGACACCCAGAUGAGCAAUCUGGGGGUACGCAACAGCCGCAGACCGCCAUCGUCCACAACAGUCAGAACGACGCGACACACUCGGACGGCUAGCGCGACUCCUUCUCUUGGCAAUAAGGCACCAUAUCAGAAGCCCGCAGUUCCAGAAGUUCAGUCUAAGUCUCUUCUACAAUUGAAAGGGGAUCUGCUGCGCCAACAAGCGGAUUGUCUCCGUGAGAUGCGAGACUUUGAACAAUCUGCGUAUACUUUGAAACAAGCCCGACUAUUUGCGACUGCCCGGGAAAGUAAAGUGUCGCUCGAGAUUGGUGAAAGUGAGUACCUUCUUGCGGAAGCUAUUCGCCACUUUGCAAGUCACGCAGUAUACUGCGUUUUGCCAGAAUCCACCAUUUCACUCCCAUCCCUCAAAACACCCAGCAAGGCAGGCGAGGAAGCAAGCGUUCAACUUACGAAAGCACCAGCCAAACGGGGUCGGGCACAGUCCAAGGGGGCUCGAGUGAAGGCCCAAAAGGCCAGUGAGGCCUUCUCUAUUAUGCUUGCAAAAGCAAAUGACUGUCUCACAAGUGUUUUUACGGACGCUACGGUCCUCGGAUCUACUCUGCAGAGCCACGCCGCUUCUCGCCUGAUGAGUCGAAUUUCCAUGCUGUCGCAUGCUACGAACCCAGGGGACCCUGCCACUUGGGCGCAGUCACCUGCGAACAUGAACGAAAUUGGUCGCGUGGGCGCAUUUGCUCGAGAGCGCAUGGCCAUCGAUUUCGACCGUUACAUAGCUGAAUUUUCCGGUCCCCUUCUCUGGCCUGCGGCUCUUGAGGCAACUGAACUCGACGAGGACUUAUGUACUCGGUUUGCAGAAAACUAUGUCGACAUCCUGCCAGAGAACUGGAACGUUCUCUCACUGUCUUUGAGUGCAGAUGGAACGGAAUUUGUGGUUUCAAGGCUUCAGAAGAAUCGAUCGCCAUUCCUUCUGCGCUUGCCUCUCCGAAGAGGCAAUACAGACGAUGACGACGAGGAACAGUUCACUUUCGAAGAGGGAAAGGAGGAGAUGCAAGAGCUCAUCAAACUGGCCAACCAAAGCGCUCACGCAGCAAAGGCCCAGACUGAUGCACAGUCAAAAAAAGAAUGGUGGAAAACGCGUGAAACUCUAGACCGUCGGAUGGAAAGUUUGCUCCACAACGUUGAGAAUAUUUGGUUUGGGGGCUUCCAUAGUACUGCCCUAGGACGUUUCUCUAGCGCCUUCCAAGGCAUUCUAGAUAAACAUCUUCCGUCACGUCAAAAAGGCGGCAAGGCCUCCUCGCCUCGUUUGACUCUCCACCAGAAUGUAUUGGAGCUAUUCAUUGGGCUUCGCGAUUUGGAGGAGCAAGAGGAGCCUGAAGAUACGCUUAUGGACCUCCUCUAUUUCGUGGUCGACAUCCUCCAAUUCCAGGGCGAACGUAACGCAUAUGACGAGAUUGACUUUGACAUGAUGGUUGUCGAUACUCUCGAUGCUCUGCGUGGUUAUCACGACAGCGCACGAGAAGAACUUGCCUCGCGCCCGCCAAGCCACACGGUCCUUGUGCUCGAUAAAGCCCUACAUCUCUUUCCGUGGGAGUCCCUCCCAUGUCUGCAGGGAUUUCCAGUUUGCCGCGUUCCAUCUUUACAAUGCCUUCGGGAGCGAGUCCUUCAAUUCCGGGAAGCGCGAUCUGGUGCCCUGAUAGAUAUUACAUCCGGCACCUUCAUUCUUAACCCGACUGGAGAUCUGCGAACCACACAAGCCACUUUCGAGGCCGCUCUUUCGCGUCUCGAAUCUUGGACGGGCAUUGUGAAGCGGGAGCCAUCAGAGGAAGAGUUCCGGCAGGCGCUCGAGUCGAAGGAUCUCUUCCUGUACUUCGGCCAUGGCAGCGGGGCCCAGUACAUUCGCGGUCGUACCAUCAAACGACUGUCGAAAUGCGGAGUUGCCUUCCUCAUGGGAUGCAGCAGCGGUGCUUUGACCGAGGCUGGUGAAUAUGAACCUUACGGUACGCCUAUGAACUAUCUCCAUGCGGGCAGCCCUGCUCUCGUCGCUACCCUGUGGGAUGUUACCGAUAAAGACAUUGAUCGGUUUACGACAUCUACCCUGAACUCCUGGGGCCUCCUUGGCAACAAUGGUAAAUCUCAGUCCACGCCAGGAGAUACUAGUCUGGACGCAGCCGUAGCUGGAUCACGGAGAUCUUGUGUGUUGAAGUACUUGAAUGGGGCCGCACCUGUGGUGUAUGGAGUUCCAGUGUUUUUGGAUUGA